CACUAGUAUCGACACACCAGAGUGACGACAGGUGUAGCGCCUUUAAGUUCAAUGGCAGACAAUCCUCGCCAAGAUCUAUUCCUCAAGAUUUCUCGAAACCUGUUAGAGCAAGAACUUACCGAUCUCCGUAACUAUGUCAGCGGUGCAGAGAUCUUACCAGCGAGAUUUGUCCAGAAAGCCGACGCUCAUCAAAUCUUUAUCCAACUUGAGAAAGAAAGGAAGUUGGAGCCAGGAGAUCUCUCACUUCUUGUAGGACUCCUGACCAAAAUCGGCAGACGUGACUACGCUGAGAAGGCAGAGAAGAUUGCUCAAGAUGAAGCAAAAGCACUUCGAGAACCAACCAAAAGAACAAGACAGGAAAGCAGUGGAAUGGACAGUCCGGUAAAGCUGACCUACACGAAGAUGGAGAACGACGGGAGACAAGUCUUCCUCACCCCAGAAGCUGAGCGGAUCCUCUCCGAACUCCCGCCGCGCCCGGUGGACGUGGUGGCCGUGGUGGGGCCGAUGCGGAAGGGAAAGUCUCAUCUGGGCAAUCUUCUCUGCAAAAGGAAGUCUGGAUUCCCACUCGGAAACGAACUACCAUCGGAAACAAAAGAUUUCUGGUUCUGGAUCGGUCCCCAUCCCGUCCAGCUUGACCGGUACAUCAUGGUCAUCGAUACCGAAGGUUUGGGUGACUAUGCCGACGAACAACAGAACGAGAAAGACCUGGAGUACCUUGUUCUGGCCACGCUGUUUUCCAACCACCUGGUCUUCAACCUACAGGGGAACCUAGACCACACCUUAUUGUCUCACCUGAGGUACGGGCUGUCACCGGAUGCCUAUCUGGAGGUCGUUUUGGAACGGAAGAAGGGACACACGAAGGCGGUCCGUGCCCACAACGAAAUGACGGACGCGGUGAAAGAUUUCUUCCCAAGGCGACAUCUUCGGCUGAUUCCUCCUCCCACAGCAGACAGGGAUACACUUAGUAACCUUGACAAAGUGACGGCUGGUGCUCUUCAGAGGGAAUACAACGACGCUGUUAACAACUUCAUCGGGGAGGUCUGGAAUUCUGGUCUAGUCAAGACGGUGAAUCAAGUCAGUUUGAAAACAACAGGUCUACUCGACAUCAUGCGGUACUACGUCGGCGCCAUCAACGGCCCCAGAGCCCUACCGUCUGUUGUCGGUGCGUACGAUGCCAUGGUGGAAGGGGAGUGCCGCAGGGCUGUAGACGAGAACAUGCAGCAGUUCCUAGAGACCGUUGAGAACACAGUGAAGCCGUCCAUACCAACUGAUGAGCAGGAUUGCAACAAGAGAAUCAAAGCAGCGGCAGAGGACGCGGUUUCGAAGUUGUGUGCAGACGUGGGGAAGUGGGACAAGUCUGGGUCCUGGAAGGAGCACCUUCAGGCUGGAUUGGAAAAAGAACGUCUUUCCUUACUUCAACUGAACGGCUCCAAGUCCAAGACUCUUUGUGAGGACAUUCUCGGAGAAGUCGACCAAUCUGUUCAGGACAACCUGGGAAAAGGCGCCUACAACAGAAUCGGUGGAUUCGACGCAUACGUGAGAGAUAUGGAUGUCGUCUUCAAUAGUUACAGACACAGAGCUUUUGGAAAAGGUCCUGCUGUUGAGGCCGUUCUGGAGACUUUUCGCAUCGCGGAAACCACGAGGAGACACAUGAUCAAGGACACUGAACAGAAGCUGGUAGAAGAUGAUAAACGGCUGAAAGAAGAAGAGAGAAAGAAAGAAGAGGCCAGGGCGGCAGCUGAAAGGGCUGCUGAAGCACAGAGGCGUGCAGAGGCAGAGAGAGCGGCAGAAGAGGAGAAGAGGCUGGCAGCAGAGGCAGAAGCGAAGAGACUGACUACAGAAGCUGAGAUACGCAGAACCAUCAGAGACACCAGUUACGGCAGCAGUGGGCAGGUUAACAUAGCGGGAAGAAACAUCUCUUACGACACGGAAAGGAGGAUCUACAAUUGGCAACAAGUCUACAAAGGCACUGCCCGUGACGUCACCAGUGGUGUUACGGGCAAGUCAGGGAACAGACAGAGCCGACAGGGCGCUGUGGAACACGCCAUAGAAGAUGUGUUCCGCCAGCUGAAGGCCAAGAACAUCAUCUAAAACUUGACAAGUUUAUCAUCAUUCAGUAGAAAAAGGCUGACCAAAAAAGGACCAUAGAUAUGCUAUUGAUGAGGUCACACAGGUCGUGCGAUUGUCGUACGAUUUGGAUGUCAUAGGAUUUUCAAGUAGACCGUGACAGAACCAACCACCGACAUGGAUCCAAAACAGCAUUUUGUGAACAAAGACAGUUGAACUUUGCUGGAGACGUACAUUUUUGUCCUUCAAAAUGCACGAAGGAUCGCACGCCCUAUAUAUGACCGCGCCCUAACGGCAAUGGAUAUUUUCAAUCGUGUACGUGAUCGUUACUAUGCGGAUGCACCACUUGCCUUGCUACAAGGCCUCGCUUAUUUCAUACUCCAUCAUCAUUAUCGGUCGGCUGCUAUGCAAACGACUGUAAGUUUCCCUCAGUCCUGUUUGUUGUCGGCAAGAUGAACGAUCUGUUUUAGUGUGAUCUGGCCAUGAUAGUCUCACACACGGUUGUAGCCAGUGCCUGUCCUUCAGUCCUUUGACAGAAUUUUGCAGCUGAGGAUGAAAAAAAAUUUGCCCAUUCCAU